GACCUAAAACGAAAAUAUUCUUUCAGAAUGAAAUUCUUCCAGUAUACACAUGAUAAUACUUACAUCUUAACUCAUCUUUCUCAUAUGAUUUUUCUUCAUAUUGGGUAUACGGUUUUCGAGUAUAUAUUUCUAUGAACAGAUUUUUUAUUAAGAUAUCUUUUUUAUUCUUGUUUAUAUUUACUUUUAUACAGCUAUACGUAUAGCUGUAUAAAAGUAAAUAUAAACAAGAAUAAAAAAGAUAUCUUAAUAAAAAAUCUGUUCAUAGAAAUAUAUACUCGAAAACCGUAUACCCAAUAUGAAGAAAAAUCAUAUGAGAAAGAUGAGUUAAGAUGUAAGUAUUAUCAUGUGUAUACUGGAAGAAUUUCAUUCUGAAAGAAUAUUUUCGUUUUAGGUC